AUGAGAUUUUCUACUAUCACUCUUUUGGCCCUCGGUGCCACUGCCUCAGCUUACGUUGUACCAAACCGACAAGCCGUUGACAAUGCCGUCAAGGCACGCAUGCCAGAAAAUGAAGCCGUUCAAGCAUCCAACCUUGUAGCUGCUCUCUCAGCUCGUGACCUUGAAGCCCGCCAUCACCAGGGUGGCAAGGGCAAAGCCAAGGGCAAGGGAAAGAAGAACGCCCGUGAUGUCGAGUCUGAGCUCGAAGACAUCGUAGCCCGCGACCCCCACCACCAGGGUGGCAAGGGUAAGGGUAAGGGCAAGAAGAACGCCCGUCAAGAAUACGCUCAGGUCGAGACCCGCGACCCUGAGCCCCACCACCAGGGUGGCAAGGGCAAAGCUAAGGGCAAGGGAAAGAAGAACGCCCGUGAUGUCGACUCCGAGCUCGAUGACAUUGUAGCCCGCGACCCUCACCACCAGGGCGGUAAGGGCAAAGCCAAGGGCAAGGGCAAGAAGAACGCUCGCGACGUCGACUCCGAGGACCACGACCAUGAAGACCUCGAAGCCCGCGACCCCCACCACCAGGGUGGCAAGGGAAAGGCUAAGGGAAAGGGCAAGAAGAACGCCCGCGAUGUUGAGUCUGAGGACGAAGAUCUCGAAGCCCGUGACGCCUCUCCUGAACCCCACCACCAAGGCGGCAAGGGCAAAGCCAAGGGCAAGGGAAAGAAGAACGCCCGCGACGUCGAAUCCGAGUCCGAUGAAGACCUUGAGGCCCGCGAUGUCGA